AUGGAUACGAUUAGGAGGGAAGUUGAUAAGGUUGAUGCUUUAUUGAUAAGUUCGGGAAACUCAGACGUGAGAGAUGAUUUCCCAAGGAAUCCGACGUUCUCGGAAGUCGAGGUUGAUGCUUUAUUGAUAAGCUCGGGAAACUCAGACGUGAGAGAUGAUUUCCCAAGAAAUCCGACGUUCUCGGAAGUCGAGGUGUGUUUUUCUGAACAUGCAUUUACUUUACCAAGUCAAAUUUGUUCGCGUGUUCACGUUUGCUGCCGUUCAAUUGUCGUCAAUGCACGUGGACGAUGCUUAUAUGGCUUUAUCGAAAAUGUCGACUGCUCGUUUCAUAUUCGAUCUAACCAUGUUGUUUCAGGCGUCGCAGAAUGGUGAUU